AUUGCGGAGUUAUGCAGUGAUACGCGACAAAAAGCAAAAAUCGGCGCGCUUUUUUAAAAGACGGAACGCCUUUUUUUUGGUGUCUAUUAAAGUGAUGUUGAGCUUUAUUGCCGAACUGUUUUACUGAUCAGUUGCUUUCAAAUGUCUUCCCGUCAACAAAUAGAGAAAGUUUUUAAAUUAUCACAGCCUGACGACAACGAGGUUAUUGCAGCGUUGAGUUCCCUAUGCUCAAGUUUUUCUCUAACACCAGAAACUCUCAAGCACAAAUGGGAAGCCUAUGCUUUAAACACGGGUUGUCCUUUAAAACCUUCGGUUGCAUAUAUCAAAUUUUUGAAAAAGUCUUUACAGAGAGAUUUCGACAGGAACCUGAAGACUAGACGAACAGCAACUGGUAGGCUGCCGGUGAAACGUUCUAGUACAAUGGAUCUGUCAGAAUAUGGCUUAACAAUGGAUAGCCAAGAAGAUGCAAUUGAGAGUUUUGUCUCGCAUGGAACCUUUAAACAAAAGAAAGUAGUACCUUUAACUUCCUCUGCAGUAUCUGUAUCUGAUACUCAAUUAUCACAAUCCUCUAGUAAAUUUAUUACACGAAAGCAGUCGCAUAUUGUCGAAAAUCAAUAUAAUCCCCAAUUGCCCGCACGAAAACCAUUACAACAGCACGAGCCACAGCAGACAACUCCAAUUGAUGUGCAAAUCCUUCAGUCUAUUCAACCAUAUCGAUUCAUGUUUGAAAAAGCUCGUGAGAAAACGGAUAACCUCGAUGAACAAUUAGAAUACGUGGGCCAACUCAUAUUAGAAACCCAUUCGGAGGAAAUAGAAGCUUAUGCUAAUCCCACGAAACCCAGUCAAGAAUCUAUUUACGCCUUUGGUCGAAUUUGCCUUGAUCCCUCAUUAAAUGAAUCGGAAAAAUUGAGUGAGAAGACAAUCAUGUUACAAACAUCCAGAGAGUUAGGUAUGGGCAAAUUGGUGCCCUUAAACCUAUCAAGAAUUGAACAAUAUUCUUUGUUCCCUGGGCAAAUCGUGGGUGUUAAAGGUACUAAUCCAAACGGUUCUAUCUUUCAUGCGGAAAAGAUAUUUUAUCCUUCUGUGCCAGAAAGACUGGAUGUUGGCAAUCCUGAUAAUUUACUUACGUUUGAGAGUAUGGACACGGAUAAUGAUGAAAGUAAUGAUCAAGCAGAUAUACCAAAACAACAACCAUUAGAAAUGAUCGUAGCAUCAGGGCCUUUCACCUUGAACGAUGACUUAUCUUUUCAACCGUUGGAAGCUCUCCUUUCUAUGUGUUUAAAAAGUAAGCCUGAGUUCAUCCUGCUGAUGGGUCCCUUUUUGUCUGUUCAGCACGGUAAACUAGCAACUGGCCAAGUGGAAUCUCCCCUGAUUCAAUUGUUUCAAGAACAAGUUGUGGAGCGCUUAUACAAAUUAUUGAAAGAAUGCCCCCGUACUCAAGUGUUUAUUGUACCUCAUGCAUACGAUAUGAUUCAACCUUAUCCCAUUUUUCCUCAACCUGCUUUUACAGAUCUACAACAACAGAAUAUUAUCAAUCAUGAACGAAUUCAUUUGCUGAGUAAUCCCAGCACUAUUCAGUUGAAUGGAGCACAACACACGAUUUCAAUUGGGAAUUUGGACAUCCUUUUCAAGAUAGCCAGAGAAGAAAUAUCAAAAAAUAACGCCACAGACCGAUCAAGCGUCUUUUUCAAACACAUUCUUCAACAGAGAUCGUUCCAUCCGGUAUUUCCAUUCAAAGUAGACGAAAGUUGUAUUAUGGACGCCGAUCAGUUAGUCAAUGUACAAUUAACGUAUAGGCCGGAUAUUUUGAUAUUGCCAUCACAGUUGAAACAUUUUGUUAGAAAUGUGGAAGGGACAGUUUGUAUUAAUCCCGGCAAUUUAUGCAGAGGCAUAACAUCAGGAACUUACUCUAGAGUUUUCUUAUACCCCACAAAACCUACUGCAGCAGAUAGACUUGCAAGUGUACGUGUCGAUUUAUUGAAGUUAUAAGAAGCUCAUGUUGGCAGGGUUAGAUAUGUUGGCUUUUGCGUAUAAAUAUGAUAUGUAUAUAUAUUUUA